GGAGGCUUUCUACGUCAUUCACCUCUCAAAAUGACCUAUUUAUUUCUCCUAUAUCACGUAAUGCACGUUCUUAGGCUUUCCAGCAAGGACUAGGCUCAACUAUGGACCAUAGUUCUCACUCAACUUUCGCUGCCAUGCCAGAAGCGAUGACGCAACCUGGCAAUGACUUCGGCAUCCUGGCGUGUCCACUAUGGCUACUUAAGUACUUACGUCCGACUCUCGCGGUAUAUCGACGCGACCGGAAGUCUACAUAUAAAUUGUGGAGUAUAUAAAGGAGCCUAAUUCAAUCUAGGACACUAACACAACAAUCCAUCCAUCAACCUUGACUUACGAUGUCUUUCUUUGCUCAACCUCCCACUCCUGCCACUAAGCUCGGUUACCAUCGCAAAUUAGCACCGGCUGCUGGUCUCCAUGUGUCUCCAAUUGCCCUUGGAGCCAUGAGCAUUGGCGACAAAUGGAGCGAAUGGAACUUUGGUACCAUGGAUAAAGAAUCGAGUUUCAAGCUCCUCGAUGCUUUCUACGAGGCUGGUGGAAAUUUCAUUGAUACUUCCAGUAACUACCAAGAUGAAUCCUCUGAAGAAUUCAUUGGUGAAUGGAUGGAAGCUCGCGGAAUUCGUGAACAGAUGGUCAUCGCGACCAAGUAUGGUACCAAUUACAAGCGUGGAGACCCGACUCUCAAGUUAAAGACCGGUUUCGUCGGCAACAACGUAAAGUCCAUGCACAAUUCAGUUGAAGCCUCCCUCAAGAAGCUGCGAACUGAUCACAUUGACAUUCUCUACCUGCACUGGUGGGACUAUACCACACCCGUCGAGGAGGUCAUGAACGCCCUGCACAAUCUUGUGGUGCAAGGAAAGGUGCUAUAUUUGGGCGUUUCAGACACCCCGGCUUUCAUUGUUUCAAAGGCGAACACGUACGCCAGACUCACUGGAAAAACCCCUUUCGUAAUCUACGAGGGUGCUUGGAGCAUUCUUCAAAGGGACUUCGAGCGCGAGAUCUUGCUGUUGGCAAAGGUGGAAGGAAUGGCCUUGGCACCUUGGAAUGUCCUCGCAGGUGGCAAGAUUCGUACCGACGCCGAGGAACAGCGAAGACGCGAGUCCGGCGAGAAGGGCCGUAUGAUAUUAAGUCCAAACUGGGAACGUACCGCAGACGAGCGUAAAGUGUGUCUCGCUCUAGAGAAGGUCGCUGCAGAAGUCGGUGCCAAGUCAAUCACUUCAGUUGCUAUCGCAUAUGUGAUGCAAAAGGUUCCUUACGUCUUCCCUAUAAUCGGCGGCAGGAAAGUCGAACACCUCCACCAGAAUUUGGAGGCCAUGGAAAUCGCUCUCUCCCCUGAGCAUAUCCGGUACCUCGAAAGCAUCCUGCCGUUCGAUCUUGGUUUCCCUUACAGCGAAUUCGGUAAUGGAAGUGACUAUAAUGCGAUGUACAAGAACGCGGGAUAUUUCGAGAAGUGGCCUGAUGCUCAAGCUAUCCGACCUACCAAGAAUUAGGGACAGGGAUCCCUCAGAAUGUUUCUUUCGACAUCUUCUUCAGAGACGUGUUUCAGGCACGAAGAUCCUCACAAAUGCUGUGAUUUCUGAAUGGGAAUCGUAUUCAUGUAACGGUAGAUGAGUCUACAGACGAAUUGGAAUUACGCGUCGAUAGAUACUGUUGUUCCCGAAAGCCAAGAUUAGUAUUCAAUACAUGCUUAUGGUAUCUAUU